AUCCCGAACAUGGCGGCGUAUGAGAAGAGAAACGAUCGGAUCCGGUUUUCGAUCACAAUGUGCUUUCGCGCUCGCGCCCGAUUCGAUCUUACUGUACCGGUGCAGGUUGCAAGGCAAGCCCUCCUUUCGUUUAACCUCUGCGUUUCUCAUGUGUACUGGUCAUUUGACUACGAGGAUUAAGGUUUGAGAGCCUUAUCAUUUACUCGUUUUCCCGGCUUAACCUGUAUUCACCACCAUUCUGACAUGAGCAAACAGGAGUUGUGUAGGCUUUGCCACGGCAGGAGUGACAACAUUAAAAUUUUUGAUGAAGAAGAUUUUGAGCAGCUGCCAGAAAAAAUCAGUUUCACUCUGAGUAUAACUGUUUCUGCCUCAGAUGCUAAAAAAACGCUGUGUUCAUUAUGCAAAAUUAAAGUGACUGAAUUUUUUGAAUUUAAAACCAAGUGCCGAAACAUUGAGUCUAAUAAGGAGGUCACUGUGCCACCAUAUGUAAAGAUUAAAACUGAACCAGUUGAGGCAGAGAAUUCUGAAUCCAAGCUACCUCAACCAGUGGAUCCGUUUCUUUUAAUUCCUAUUGGUAAUCCAAUUCUACUUUCGGAUCUUGCCUCUUUCCUUCCGACUUCAAUCAAUCAAUCGAUCACUCAGUCAAAUCUUUUUAAUAACUUAAACAUAAAAAAAGAAAAGGAAGUAAAAGAAGUUAAGAUUAAUAUAAAGAAAGAAGUUGACUUAACUCCAGUAAGUCCAAUUGUCAGAACAUUUAAAGAAGAGAAUCUAGAUGAAUUGGUUGAUGGUGUAAUGAAUGAUAUGACUGAAAGAGACUCAAGUGAAGAUAGCAAGAACUCUGAAGACAUGAAUGAUAAAAAUGUAUCUGAAGAGGAAAAUUCUGCAAAGAACUCUGAAAAGUUAUCUGAAAAGUCCUCUGAAAAGUCCUCUGAAAAGUCCUCUGAACAGUCCUCUGAUAAGUCGUCUGAUAAGUCUGAUAAGUCCUCUGAUAAAGAGAAUUCUUGUAAGUCAAAUAAUAAUGAGGGAAGUUCAUCUGACGAGGAGAAAUCUUCUGAGAAGUUAAAUGGUAAAAGUUCCUCUGGAGAGAAAUCAGAUCCAAAAUCUUCUGAAGAUGACUCUUCAUCUUCCGUUUCUGUCAACAAAAGACGUAGCGUGUCCUCUCGUGGAGGUAGAGGCCGCAAGCGCAGAGGAGGAUCUGUCCGUGGCAGCUUGAGCAAAAGAGGCCGAAGUCGGAGAAGUGGCGAUUGUGAGUCACCCAAAACCCAGUCACCCAAAACUCCAGAAAGAGAGGGAAAACGCCUUACAAGGAGCAGCACAGGCACAAGCAUUCGUCGCAGGAUUGUCGACAGCAGUGAGGAUGAUGGAGAUUUUCAUGUUCCUGAUGACCCGGAUGACCCAGAGUUCAAAAGUAGUAGGGCUCGAUCAAGAUCUCCUAGUGAAUCCGCAUCAUCUUCAUCUUCUGAUGAAGACAAGCAAGAGACAAGCAAGAAGAAAAUUAUCAAGAAGACUGACCUGUCUCUGCUACUUCAAUCGGCCAAGCAGGAGAAAGAGGAGGCUCUUAAACGCCAAUGCCCUCACUGCAAAAUGGUUUAUAAACAUUGGGUUUCUUAUGACGAUCAUGUGAAGAGUUGCAAAGGACCAAAAGAAAAGGAUGAUGAUAAGGAGCGGAAAUGUGUUAUAUGCCUCACCUUGUUCAAAGGAACAAGAGCAUUGAGAGAACACAUGGAGGUUCACCAGCCUAAGAAAGGUCCCAGUCAUCACUGCAAAAUAUGCAAUGAAAACUUCCCAUCUAAAGGUGGCUUAAUAUGCCACAAUGCUCUGAAGCAUAGUGCAGGCGUUACCAAGCCUAUAGUUGCACCAGAGAGGAAAAAGCAUCAUUGUGUAACAUGCAAUGAAACAUUCGACUCCAGUGGGGAUUACAUAUGCCACACUGUGUUAAAACACAAAAAAAAGUAAUUAGUAUUAAAUCUUAUUACAGUUUAUAUGUAAAAUUUUCCUUAUCAUUAUUGUGAUUAAUUAAUUUUUUAAACAGUCCAUAGUGCCGGCAUGUCAAAGGACAUCCAUAGUUUCAGAGUAGUUGUAAUGAGUUAGAAAUAGACCCUCAUGUCUCAUGUGCAAAUCGGUGUUUAAGAAAUAUAGCCUUUUGUUCACA